AUGAGGAUGGAAGCACGACGCAAAAAUCUUCUUAUCUUGAUUUUGCAUUAUUUAACACAAGAAGGGUAUAUUGAUACAGCAGACACUUUGGAGCAAGAAACUAACCUUGGCUUACAGCACUUUGAAGUGUGUGACAACAUUGACCUUGAAACCAUCCUGAUGGAAUACGAGAGCUAUUAUUUUGUAAAAUUCCAGAAAUACCCCAAAAUUGUGAAAAAAGCUUCAGACACAGAAAAUAAUUUACCACCGAGAAGUAGCGGGAAGACCAGAAGGAUGACAAGCACCAGCUGUCAAAACCUCCCCAACAUCAACCAGCCAAGGCCACGCUCCAAAAUCUCAGUGGGGAAGAUGGGGGACAUGAAAUCUCUCAACAAGGAGCGUCCUAAACAGGUCAGGAUGGCUUUUCUGGACUGUGUCAUUAACAUGGAGAAUGCUGACUUUGGCCUGAAAGUGUCAAGAAUCAACAAAGACAGUGGAGAGGAAACCGUGCACCCACGGAGAGGCCAAAUCAUCGACUUCCGGGGGCUUCUCUCUGAUGCCAUCAAAGGAGCCACCAGUGAACUUGGCUUGAACACCUCUGACUGCAACCCAGACCCUUCUGAACGACUGCUGAAGCCACUCAGUGCCUUUAUUGGCAUGAACAGCGAGAUGCGAGAACUGGCAGCCGUGGUGAGCCGGGACAUUUAUCUCCAUAAUCCAAACAUAAAGUGGAAUGACAUUAUUGGACUCGAUGCAGCGAAGCAGUUAGUCAAAGAAGCUGUUGUAUAUCCUAUUCGGUAUCCGCAGCUGUUCACAGGGAUUCUUUCCCCCUGGAAAGGACUACUGCUUUACGGCCCUCCAGGUACAGGGAAGACUUUGCUGGCCAAAGCAGUCGCCACUGAGUGCAAAACCACCUUCUUUAACAUUUCUGCAUCCACUAUCGUCAGCAAGUGGAGAGGGGAUUCAGAAAAACUCGUUCGGGUGUUGUUUGAACUUGCCCGCUAUCACGCUCCCUCCACCAUCUUCCUCGACGAGCUGGAGUCAGUGAUGAGCCAGAGAGGCAUGGCUCCUGGGGGGGAACAUGAAGGAAGCCUGCGGAUGAAGACAGAGUUGCUGGUUCAGAUGGACGGGCUGGCACGUUCAGAAGACCUCGUGUUUGUCUUAGCAGCUUCUAAUCUGCCCUGGGAGCUGGACUGUGCCAUGUUACGCCGCCUGGAGAAGAGGAUUCUGGUGGAUCUCCCCAGCCGGGAGGCCAGACAGGCCAUGAUCCACCACUGGCUGCCACCCGUGAGCGAGAACAGAGCCCUGGAGCUGCGCACGGAGCUUGAGUACAGUGUGCUGGGCCAGGAGACUGAGGGCUACUCAGGAUCGGACAUCAAGCUGGUGUGCAGGGAGGCAGCCAUGCGGCCAGUGCGGAAGAUCUUCAGUGCUCUUGAAAAUCACCAGGCAGAGAACAGCAAUUUAGCUGGGAUCAAGUUGGACACGGUGACCACUGCUGACUUUCUGGAUGUCCUGGCACACACCAAGCCUUCAGCAAAGAAUCUGACUCAGAAAUAUUUGGCCUGGCAGAAGGAGUUUGAGUCUGUCUGA